AGGAUGAAGUACCUUGUACUUGCGUCUCUUUUAGCCGUGGUAUGCGCUCUUCCAGCGGAAUUAGCGUCUACGGGCCACUGUGAUUCGGAUUGGACCUACUUCGAUAUGACUAACUCAUGCUACUACGUGGGAAGCGACAAUAAUUACGAUUCCGCAGAAGCCGAUUGUGUUUCAUUGGGCGCACACCUGACCUCCAUUCAAAACGCUUUUGAAAACAAUUUUGUUGCAUCACUCACUGAAGUGGGCAAGAGCUUGAAUGAGAAUCAGAUGACGUGGAUCGGGCUUAGAUACCAGCAAAACAAGUGGACAUGGGCAGAUGGCAGUAGCACCACCUACAUGAACUGGAUGAAAGGCAGACCGGAAAAGGACGCCAGCAAGUACGCCUGCGCCGAGAUUCUGCAAGAUGAUUACAAAGGAUCGAAAACGCAUUGGAACGAUGUUGAGUGUGGAACAAGGAUGAGGAAAUACGUGUGCAAGAAAUCAGCCAGCAACUAGCAUCUCCAAAUUAGACAAAUUC